AUGAAAUACUCAACUUUCAUAUCGUCCAUCGAGACUCCUUUCUAUUACUCUCUUGCCAGCCACAAGAUCGAAUAUGAUAAACUUGACGACUCUCCACGGAGAGUGCUGGGUCAAUAUGUGCCUUGCAAAGCCGAGAUGCAAAUUCACGGAAAUGCUCUGGUAGCCGACGAGGUUGGUAAAGACUCGUGUAGAGCUGAAGGCAUGAUUAAGAACUUCAAUACCAUCGAGGAGUUUAAGAAAGUCAAUAGACCAGAGCUCUUGCAGAAAGUCGCACGCACGAUUUGGGACGCCAUAGAUGACGGAUCUAUCUAUUCAGCGCCCUCUUUAUUGGCAUCGUUCUUGAUACUCUCAUAUGCGGAUUUGAAGAAAUAUAAAUUUCACCAUCUUUUUGCAUUCCCCGCAUUCGUCUCUACCCCACAAUGGUCCGUUAAAGGGCCUAUCGAUAGGUUUGACGCCCAACAGACCUCCACGCUAGUAGACGCAGUCAAUGUCUGGAGAUACAGCGCGGAUUCUAGACAGCGGGGCUUCUUUCUAGUAAAGCGGGAUGAGGGGGCAUGGAAGAUUGGUGCGCUGGGGGAUUUUGAGAGAGGAUUUUUUGGAGAAGAUGUGGAUGAAGAGGACCGUUUUGUUGCAUUCGUGGAUCCGUGCGUCUAUGACGAGUAUCCCGGAUGGCCUUUACGAAACUUAUUGAUGCUUGUUCGCAAAAGGUGGGGAUGGAAAAAAGUUAAAGUCCUCUGUUAUAGGGAUGUCCACAGAGAAAGAUAUGAGCCGAAGAGUUUUAUCAUGGACCUAGAACUUGAAAAGCCCGAAGUUGAAGGAGACCUUGCAAACAUGAGCUUAGAUGAGAUGCCACCAGUUGUAGGUUGGGAGAAAGGUGACGAUAAUAAAAUUCGACAAAAAGUUGCCUACCUAUCAGCGUCCAUGGAUUCAAAAAAGCAAGCGGAUAUUAGUGUUGAUCUCAACCUUAAACUCAUGAAGUGGCGAAUCGCACCAGAUUUAAAUCUUGACAAUAUUAAAAAGACAAAAUGUCUUCUACUAGGUGCUGGUACGCUAGGUUCGUAUGUUGCACGAGUUUUGCUUGGUUGGGGAGUUCAUAAAAUCACUUUCGUCGAUUCGGGCACUGUCUCCUUCUCAAACCCAGUUCGGCAACCCCUGUUCACCUUUGAGGAUUGUAUUGGGGGAAAGACCAAAAAGGCCACCCAGGCCGCAGAAGCUCUCAAAGCUAUAUACCCAGGAGUGGAUGCAGAAGGGUUCGAUAUGACCGUACCAAUGGCAGCUCACCCAUUUUCCGAUGCUCAAGAAGAGAGCGUUAAAAAGGAUUAUGAAAAGCUCAAACAACUUUUCGAAGAACAUGAUGCGAUCUUUCUAUUGAUGGAUACUAGAGAGAGUAGGUGGCUGCCCACAGUUAUGGGGAAAAGUAUGGGAAAGAUCGUGAUGAACGCCGCUCUUGGAUUUGACAGCUAUGUUAUUAUGAGACAUGGGGUCAAAAUUGAAAAGAUUGAAGGACAGGAGACUGGAGAGGAAUUAGGUUGUUAUUAUUGCAAUGAUGUUGUAGCUCCAGGAGAUAGUCUGACAGAUAGGACCUUGGACCAACAAUGUACUGUCACCAGACCUGGGCUUGCGCCAAUUGCGAGUGCUCUCUUGGUAGAAACACUUGUCUCAAUUCUUCAGCAUGACCUCGGAGCCGCUGCCUCAGCACCAGAAACAUCAAAAGAAGACCGUGGUAGUCAUCCUCUAGGUCUUAUCCCGCACACAAUCCGUGGUUUUCUGGCAAACUUCUCGAAUAUGAUGAUUAAGGGUCGCGCAUACGACUGCUGCUCAGCAUGCUCGGAGCCCAUCAUCAAAGCUUACAGGGAAAAUGAGUGGGAUUUUGUUAAGAGAGCUCUAAAUGAGAAAGGAUAUGUCGAAGAGCUCAGUGGUCUUGCAGAGGUGCAGAGAAGGGCCACGGCUGUUGAGGAAGGUAGUGAGCUCGAUUGGUCCGAGUCGGAAGAGGAUGCGGCGGAAGCGUAG